AUGAAGUAAGAUAAGCAAGUUAAUUAUUUUGAAAAUUAUACUAAUUAAUUUAUAUUUUAAUAAUUUGUAUACAUUAAUAAAAAUAAUAUAAAAAUUAGAAAAAACUCACUUAACUUUUGGCAAUAAAGACUCAACAAUUCAUCACAAACAUAAGCAAAUCUCCUUUUAAAGAAUAAAUAAAGAACACUAGUAGACAGAGUAGUGAUAAGAUCAACUAAAUAUUGGAAACAAAUUGCAGAUGAAUUUUCGGCUCAAAGUUCUACAAAUAAAUCUGUUUAAAAUUUGUCAUCAUAAUCUCAUAAUUAAUAGAUUUCUGAUUGAUUUGAUAUAUAAUUUAAUAUUUUUAAUAACAUAGUGGUACCUAAAAUAA